AUGUUUUAUUCGUUCCCCAAUAAGAUCCUAUACUUGGUGGUGGAUGUAUGGGAUGUGUUCAUGGUCCCGGCCAGCCGUGGCCAGGAGUCCACACGAUCCCCCAGGACCUUAUUGAGGAACCCUCGUCAUCCUAUACCUAAGCUCUUGAAUUCAAAGGACGAACCUCUUGUGUCAGUUCCCUCGUUUGUUACUCCCGGGUCCCAGGGUCCGGGUGCCGGGUCCCAGAGUCCGGGUCCCAUGGUCCGGGUCCCAGGGUCCGGGAGACUCCACCUCUCGUCUCAGUACCGCUCGAUCAGUGUUCUGUAUAGGCGACUGUGUGCGCACGAGGCGGCAACCUCGCGACUACACCGCGUCGGACGGUUAGUUGACGCGCGAGUCCCGCUCACUACACGCGACAUGAGCACACGGAAAAUAUGUCUGAGCGAACGGAACCUACUGGCGCUGAUAUUCGAAGUGAAGAGGAGACCGUGUCUGUGGAACCACGAGGAACUAGGAUAUAAUGAAAGGUGGCGGCUCACUACCGCCUGGACGGAGAUCGCCACUAAAUUAAAAUUACCAGAGGACGUACUGAGAAACAAGUGGAAGAACCUCCGGGAUCUGUUCAAACGUGAAGCGAAGAAAUGUAACGGGAACACGGUCGACGAGUACACCGGCAAGUGGAGGUACUUCAAGACGCUGUGGUUCCUUAACCAACCGGGAGAGGGCGCGGCCAGUGACGAUGACGACGAGGGAAUUGAGAGGAGGAUCAAGGAAGAAGUACAGAGUGUAGGCCCGGAUACUACAGACGAGGCUUACCUAGACCACAGGCAGGAUAAGAGAUUAUACGCGGAGAUAGAACUAGCACAGGACCCGCUAGAAACGAAGCGACCGCGACUAGAUGACUACGAUUCUAUGUUCCUCAUGUCACUAACACCUUACUUCAAACAACUGGAGCCGAUGAGGAAGCUGUCACUCAGGAACAAGAUACAGGAGCUCAUCUUUAAUGAGUUAACAGAACAAUCCGAAUACAACGUACUACCAUACUAA